CUGUUUGGGAUGCUGUCGAGCUAACUGAGACCAUCGUGCUCGUGUUUCCAAAAGGUGGCUUUUUAUAGCAGGUGAUAAACAAACAAACAAAACAAAUAGGAUGAAUAUGGGUUAGAUUAAUAAACCCUUAAGGGUUUAAGUCGAGGUUUGUUUUUAAUUAGACAGCAAGCUAAUUAGCUAGGCUAGCAGGCUAGCUGUUACAGUGGCAUGCAAAAGUUUGGGCACCCUUGCUGAAAAUGUCUGUUAGUGUGAAUAACUGAGCAGAAGAUGAACUGAUCACUAAAAGGCAUAAAGGUGACAGCAUGAGCUCGAGCUCCGGACAGGGACAGGAAGCCGCCGGGGCGCUCGCGGUCACCGCUGAGUCUCGGGUUCGAGGCGUCUCGGUGACGAGGAACAUCCGGGGACUCUUCAGCCACGUGCGGGUUGAAAACCUGGUGGCUGGGCUGAGUGGAGGUGUGGCGUCCACUCUGGUGCUGCACCCACUGGACCUGGUGAAAGUCAGGUUUGCAGUGAGCGACGGCUUGGAGCUGAGGCCAAAGUACUACAGCGUCUGGCACUGCAUGAGGAGCAUCUGGAAACAGGAAGGACUUCGCGGCUUGUACCAGGGGGUCACCCCGAACGUCUGGGGCGCCGGAGCUUCAUGGGGUCUUUAUUUCUUCUUUUAUAGUGCCAUCAAGGCGUAUGUCCAGGAGGGCCGUCAGACGGAGCUGAGUCCCAAGGAGCACUUGGUGUCUGCAGCACAAGCAGGAGCCAUGACUCUCUGCAUCACGAACCCGAUCUGGGUGACAAAAACACGCCUGGUUCUGCAGUACAGCACCGAUCCAAGCCAGAAGCUCUACAGGGGCAUGGUGGACGCGCUGGUGAAGAUAUACCGUCAGGAAGGAGUAGCCGGUCUCUAUCGGGGCUUUGUUCCCGGCCUGUUCGGGACGUCUCAUGGAGCUCUGCAGUUCAUGGCGUAUGAGGAACUGAAGAGAGACUACAACAAAUACAGAAACAAGCAUUCACAUGCUAAACUGAAUUCAUUAGAGUACAUUUCAAUGGCAGCUGUGUCCAAGAUCUUCGCCGUGGCCACCACGUACCCGUACCAGGUGAUCCGAGCUCGCUUGCAGGAUCAGCACACGCGCUACAACGGGGUGAUAGACGUCAUCCGGCGGACGUGGAGGAACGAGGGUCCUCGGGGAUUCUACAAAGGUAUCGUGCCCAACCUGAUCCGAGUGACGCCGGCCAGCUGCAUCACCUUCGUGGUGUACGAGACGGUGUCCAGCUUCCUCCUGGACCAGCGCAAAUGAGACAAAGCCGAGGGUUCGACCGCAGCAAGUUGGUGACGUGAGAGAGAUGGUAGUAUAACAUGGAGCAUGAGCUGUUGCUGGGCCACGUUGUAGACCAGCGCGCUAGACAAGAAGUGGAACGAAGGUUCUCAUGAUGCAGACCAUGAUGUGGCUAAUUGGGAACUGGUGCUGCUUUGAGUUUACAUGUUCAACACUGUGUGUGUGUGUGUGUGUUUAUACAGUCAAGACACUAAACAGAACUGAAGCAAUGACUCGAUGCUUUCAAAUAAACCCAAAGGGACGGUUUGGCAGGAAAAAUCAAAUGUACACAAUUUUUUCCUUUUUAUCUCCGAGUGUAUGGUUCUUCAAGUUUACAACUUUAGUUUUGCACUGAAGUGAGCUAAGGAGUAACGGAUGCUGAAAAUCUUUGUAAAUAUCAGACUCAAAUUAGACAGAGCAUCAGGACUUGGAUCCUUCAAAACCCAACAAAAAACAUCUGGGAGACAAAGAAAGUAUUCAUUCAUGAAUGUGAUGGUCCACAUGACUUUGCAUGAUACAUUUACUGCCUCAUCAGUGGUUUAAAUAAUUCAUUAGUUUAAAUUUUGAGAAAGAGCCAUUGGGACUUGCCAGGAAAUGUUGCAAGCAGGGGAAAAUAAGUGGUGGAGUGGGUGGGAUCAAUAAUAACGAGAUUGUCGAUGACGGCGUAGCUCAUUCUGGCCCCAUCUACAGUGGUGCUUGAAAGUUUGUGAGCCUUUUAGAAUUUUCUAUAUUUCUGCAUAAAUAUGACCUAAAACAACAUCAGA